GUGUGGCAUCAGUUUGUGUUCAACUACGAUAAUGGCCAAGUGAUGUCUACGGUGGAGCAAACCUGCAUUACGGAAUCUAAAUCGACAGUUUUUCACAAUCUGUGGAAAAUUCAACCAUUUAACAUAGCAGAGAGCAAGAAAUGGCAAUCGGAAGUGUUUUACGGAUAUUCAUCACACAGCAUUGGAUGGGAGGUGGCUUGGCAUUACGUCCUCAAGAGAGAUGGCCCAUUAACUUACAACAAAGGACGCUAUUCAACGGAUUUUUUCACUCUUUCGACUGUAACGGAUUUCUGCAGUGCUUCUUUCAAUGCUGAAGUAGAGUUGGGCAACGAAAACAUAAUUUCUGGACCCACCAAAGCCGGUAUGGCACUCGGGCUGAAGAUUGUAAACAACAAAACAAUUGAUAAAUAUCUUGAAAACAAUACGCUCACACUGCGCUUGAAAUUCGCGCUAAUCGAGGAUUCAAUACCACAGGAUUCCCAACUGGUGGCCAACUACACAAGCCUUCUAUCCAACGAGGAGCUCAGCGAUGUCACGAUCCAGGUAGGACCGGAAAAGUUCUUCGCCCAAAAGGCGAUCCUCUCGGUUCGAAGCCCCGUGUUUGCGGCCAUGUUCCAAAGUGGAAUGCAAGAGUCCACGCUGAACCGCCUCAUCGUCGAAGACAUCGAACCGGACGUGUUCAAGGAAAUGCUUCGCUUUGUCUACGUCGGCAAAGUCGAACGGCUGAGAGAGAUGCCCCACGAGCUGCUGGCCGCCGCCGACAAGUACGCCCUGGACCAGCUGCGGAAGAUCUGCGAAACUCAUCUGCUGGGCCAUAUCAACAAGGAAACGGUGCUCAAAACUCUGGCGCUGGCAGAUGCGUAUCACGCCGAGGAGCUGAAGAAGCAGUCGAUACAGUUUGUGUGUACGAACAUCAAGUCGAUGCAGGGUACCGACUGGAAGGACUACAACUGCGCCCAUCCGGACCUGGUGGCGGCCAUUUUGGGCGCAAUGACUAUCGGUUGAGUUUUCAUGAUUUGCAGCGGCAAUAAAGAUUUUCUACCAUUUCUUAUUGA